AUGUCUGACGAAAGCAUAUGGAGGAAUAUUGGUGGAGAUGGAUAUUGCUCGUUUAAGAUGAAGACCGAGGAGGAUACAUUAUGCAGGAACCAAAACAAUGUGACUGGGAUAUGCAACCGGUUUUCGUGCCCGCUGGCCAAUUCGAAGUAUGCAACGGUCCGUGCAGUGGGAGAGGAGCUUUUUUUGUUUGUGAAGGAGCCUGAGCGUGUUCAUGUUCCUCGAGAUGUCUAUGAGGAAAUAAAGCUGUCUUCGAACUACGAAGAAGCUCUUAAGCAGAUAGAAGAAAACCUUGAGUUCUGGGACGAAAAGAUUAUUCACAAAUGUAAGCAGAAACUUUCGAAGCUCACACAGUAUCUCAGAAGACUAGAGUAUUUCAAAGAGCACGGAAGGACAGAAUAUAUGGUGAGGAAGAAGAGAAUGAACAGAAGGGAAAAGCUUAGAGCACUCAAGACUCUGAACAAGAUCAACUUUGAGAAGAACAUUGGGGACGAGCUAAUGCUAAGGCUUGAAAGCGGAAUCUACGGAACAGAGCUUAGAGACAGGUUCUAUUUGGCCAACAAGGAGGCAUUAGAAAGAGAAAGGAAGCAGAGUAGAAAGAAAAGAUAUGUUGCAGACCUUGAAGAAAGCGACGCGAUGUUUGAAACUGACACCGAGCACCAAGACAUUAAGAAGAAGACAAAGAAGAAGGCUACAAUGAAAUGGUAA